UACGACAGAAGUCGUCUCUUGACGCAACGUGGGGUUGUUUACUAUUUCUGACAGCCCUCCCGGCUUAAAAACAGAUGUAAUACUGCAAAUCAGCGCCCACCCGUUGGAAUUUGGACUUUGUGCCUAAAGAAAGACAUGGGGAAGCCAAAGAAAAAGAGUGAUCUCAGCCGAGCUGAGCUGAUGAUGAUGACCAUCGCUGAUGUCAUCAAGCAGCUGGUUGAAGCCCAUGAAGAGGGCAAAGACAUCAAUCUCAAUAAGGUGAAGACUAAGACUUCAGCUAAAUAUGGACUUGAAGCUCAGCCUCGAUUGGUAGACAUCAUCGCUGCUGUUCCACCACAGUACCGCCGUGCUCUGGUGCCCAAGCUAAAGGCCAAACCCAUCCGCACUGCCAGUGGGAUUGCAGUGGUGGCUGUGAUGUGCAAACCACAUCGAUGUCCACACAUCAGCUUCACAGGCAAUAUCUGUGUCUACUGUCCUGGUGGACCAGACUCAGACUUUGAGUACUCCACACAGUCUUACACCGGCUAUGAGCCAACAUCUAUGAGAGCAAUCCGAGCACGUUAUGACCCCUACCUUCAGACCAGACAUCGGGUGGAGCAGCUGAAGCAGCUGGGUCACAGCGUGGACAAGGUGGAGUUCAUCGUGAUGGGUGGGACCUUCAUGGCUCUGGCUGAGGAGUACAGAGACUACUUCAUCAGGAACCUCCAUGACGCCUUGUCAGGACACACCUCCAACAAUGUGGCAGAGGCCGUCAGGUACUCGGAGCGCAGUAACACCAAGUGUGUGGGAAUCACCAUUGAGACGCGGCCUGAUUACUGCCUGAAGCGACACCUCAGUGACAUGCUGAGCUACGGCUGCACCCGCCUGGAGAUAGGAGUGCAGAGUGUGUAUGAAGACGUGGCCCGAGACACCAACAGAGGCCACACGGUGCGAGCUGUAUGCGAGUCCUUCCACCUUUCAAAGGACGCCGGCUUCAAAGUUGUCGCCCACAUGAUGCCAGAUCUGCCUAAUGUGGGGAUGGAGAGGGAUGUGGAGCAGUUUAUAGAGUUUUUUGAGAAUCCAGCAUUCAGGCCUGAUGGUUUGAAGCUGUACCCAACACUGGUGAUCCGAGGUACUGGUCUAUACGAGCUGUGGAAGACGGGCCGGUAUAAGAGCUACACACCCAGUGCCCUGGUCGACCUGGUGGCCCGAAUCCUGGCGCUGGUGCCGCCCUGGACACGAGUCUACAGAGUGCAGAGGGACAUCCCCAUGCCACUGGUGAGCUCCGGAGUGGAGCACGGCAACCUGAGAGAGUUGGCCCUGGCCAGGAUGAAAGACAUGGGCACUGAGUGUCGAGACGUGAGAACACGAGAGGUGGGCAUUCAGGAGAUCCACCACAAAGUCAGACCUUAUCAGGUGGAGCUGGUGCGGAGGGACUAUGUGGCUAACGGUGGCUGGGAGACUUUCCUCUCCUACGAGGAUCCGAAGCAGGACAUCCUGAUUGGCCUGCUGCGUCUGCGUCGCUGCUCCCCGCAGUCCUUCCGCCCGGAGCUGAAAGGAGGCGUGUCCAUCGUCCGCGAGCUGCACGUUUACGGCAGCGUGGUCCCCGUCAGCAGCCGAGACCCCAGCAAGUUCCAGCACCAGGGUUUUGGAAUGAUGCUGAUGGAGGAGGCAGAGAGAAUUGCCAGAGAAGAACAUGGCUCCAGCAAAUUGGCUGUUAUCUCAGGUGUAGGAACAAGGAACUACUACAGGAAGAUGGGCUAUGAGUUGGAGGGACCGUACAUGGUGAAGGACCUCUAUGGACCUGGAAUGGACUGAACCUGGACAAUGUUUUUAUCUGGACAGUGGCUACAGACGCACAAACAUCCACACACACAUUAUUGUAUUUAUCAAACAAUAUUCACGGGACAUGAUUGCUGCAGUAUGUUUAGUGAAACUGUUUCUGUUUUCUUAGCAUCGGAGGAGAUAAUGCUUGUUUUUUUUAAUGCUAGUCCCUGCUUUUUAUCAGGUGCACAGCAGGAAAUGCUGCUGCAUCUCCUCCAAUGUGUUAAGAUAAGGACAAAGCGAGAGACUGAGUAAGGAAUAAAGUCAACUUAUUUGGGAUGGAGCCAAACGAGGCUCAGAGUUCAAUUUAAGAUGUAAACAUUUUUUUAUUGCUGCAGUAAAUAAAGGUAGAGAAAAAAUACAGGCCAACAAUCUGUUUUUUUCCGAUACGUUAUGACAAGAUAAUUAAUGUAUCUAAAAAAAACAACCAAAAGAUUGUUUCCGUUUAUUACUUAUAAUUUUUCAAUGCAUUUAAUGUUGGCUGCUAUGACCCAACAGCCCAGAUCAGCUGACAGACUUGGUGAAAUUAGCGGAAGGAUACACGUGAUAAUGUCUGGUUUUAAAAUGAAUGUGCAGUUUAGAGAUUUUCCAAUGUCCCAUAUUUGUAUCUUGAAAUAUCUACAUUUCUGAAUACUUGAGGGGCUAUAAAGACACAUUGCUGCAUAAUUCCUGACAGUGACACCCAUAAUGGAAGAAGUCAAAAAUUGUUACUCUAUUUAAUUUAUGUGUGUUAAGUGUUACAAGCAAUAUGUUUUCCACUUUGUGUGAAUAUUAUCCAUUUAAUUUGAUUUCCUUAUGUAUUUUGUAUAUACCCUUGUUAACACUUUAUUUUGAAACCAGAUGUAUUCUUCAGCUAAUUUAGUCACUGUCUGCAAUAGAUUUGAACCAAAUAUACAAAGUAAUAAAAGGAAUAACUCCAGAUAACAAAGCUAAUUUUUUUCCAAGAUAACAAGUUAAUUUUUUGGCAUUAAAAAACAAAAAAAACAAGCAUGGCUAUUCUCUGCUUCUGUACCUUUCUGGUGCUACAAUAGCGGGAAUUCACAA